UAUAAGAGCAUGAAAAGAUCUUAAAAGUCCACAAAAUGUGUGGUUCUCAAUCGUCUUUGCCUCUUUCUCUCUUGCUUACUUGGCAUUCCCACCCUUGUUUUUAAGCCGAACUCAAUUGGGCCUCUUCAGUCUUCUUCCCCUCUCCCUCCAUUUCAAUUCACCAACAGAACUGGAAUCAAUAUUUUCUGACAAAACAAACAAAAAGGUUCGGUUUAGUUAUAAAUAUCACUACAACAAGAUAUUACUCAGUCAUGUCUGAACUUAAGCUGUUCGGCAAGUUGAUUCCAUUGCUGACAUUAAGCCAGGAGGAUGAAGCUUUGGUCGAUGAUUGUUGUGACACAAAUCUUCUUUCUUCAUCUAGUUCUUUAGGUGCUGUUAAUUCUAAUCAUGGGAAUCAAGCUCAGCCUCCCAUGGAAGAAGACCAGGGGAAGCAUGAAGACGACGACAAUGGCAGGAUCCCUUUGUCUGAAAGGAAACAUUCGUCGCUAGAAAGCUCGAAGAACGAAGAGAAGACAUUAAAGAAGCCCGAAAGAUACUUCCGUGCCCACGGUGUAAUAGUAACGAAACCAAGUUUUGUUACUACAACAAUUACAACGUGAACCAGCCCCGUCAUUUCUGCAAAAACUGUCAGAGAUACUGGACCGCCGGUGGAGCCAUGCGGAACGUUCCGGUUGGCGCCGGCCGUCGUAAAACCAAGAGCUCUUCUUCUUCUGCCGCUUUGCAUUACCAUCAUCAUGUUAUGAUCUCCGAAGCUAUCCUAGGAGCUCAAGCCGGUGCUGUUCUCACAUUUGGUAAUCCUUCUCAUUUGCCUCCGCCGCCGCCACCGACUCUAUACCGUCCCGGCUUUCCGGCAAGCUUCUACUUGCCGUCCCUGGGGAAACAUUCCAGGGACGAAAAAGGAAGUGUUAAACCAGAAAACGGACCUUCGAAUUCGAAAGCUUUGAGGAUAGAUGAUACUGACGAGAGUGCAAAAAGCUCAAUGGUGUCUGCCCUCAUGAUCAAAACCAACACCACCAUGAAUUCAGGAGGUAUCUUCAACGGCUUCCGAUCAAAAACCAGUAACGACGACAGAAAUUAUCGACUGAGAACAUUCUCGGUGCUGCAAGCGAACCCGGCAGCCCUAUCUCGAUCACUCAACUUCCAUGAAAACACAUGAAAGAAGGAGAUGACAAUAUAGCUAAUAGCAUGAGUGGUACAACUUGUAAAUUAAAUCAUAUUCUGAUCUGAAUCAUGUAUUGCUAUAUAAAUAUUCUAAGCAC